GGCAAGAGUCGUUGAGCCUGCUUUAAAAGUAGAGAAGAGAGCCGUCGUCGGCUAAGUGUGCAGGGGCGUCGGGCAGGAAUGUAUUAGGGGAGGAGCCCCCUUUCCCCAGGAACAUGCUUCCAUUUGGUAAGGAGGAAUCCGCUUCCUUGGAGCAGCUCUUCUGGUUUUUCUGUGAAUCUGUGCAGCGGGGAGACUGGGAACUUGCCCAGGCCUGUGUUCCUCAGCUGCAUCAGUUGCAGGAGGAUGGUCCUGAAAAGGUGGAAACAAUCCUGCAUGCUUUGGUAGCCUGCCCUUCUCGUUUAAGGUGUGGGUCAAACUGUAGUCCUCAGAGAAUUGCUUGGUUUUGGCUCCUUGUAUUGCAGAAGUGGCUAGCAGUUGAACAGAGAACAGUUCCAGUAGCUCUCCAGAGAGAAACUGAGUUCUUGGUGCUCUUAGAAGAACUUGGAAAGGAUAUCUCCCACACCAUCCUAGAGGAGCUAUAUGAAGCUUAUGAAAAUGUCCAUGGAUCGAACAGGAAGCAAAAGGAUGUCUCCAUGCCGAAAUUUAGUGUGGAGGUCAUCUCUGCUUUCCGAAAACUGCUCUUGCGAGCGCCUCGGAAGAUGCAAGCCAUGUUGGAGUUCCUGCAGAGAGAUUCUGUUGGAGAGAACUCUUCCCUGACACAAAGUUGCUCAGUGCAAAGCAUCCUUCUUGGCUUCCUCUGGGACUCCCUAAAACUUUUGAAGUGUUUUCAGUUAAAUCCAGAAUCAUCAGAACGAGAUGGGAAGGACGCCGUAGAUGCAAUUUAUAAUGUGCUUAGUAUAUUGAAUGUGGAAGUGGAGAAUCCGACUGGAGAGCUGCACCUUCUAUGCAGAGAACUUCUGGAUGCUUGUUGGGCUGAAAGAAGCCCACUGAUAGAAGAGAGGUUGCUGAGCUGUAUGUUAAGGAAAGACAGCCACGCCUUGAUAAAUAUGUUUGGCAGUGUUUUCAUUGAGAAGACAAGAGAGAAACUUCUGGGACCAAAGUCAUCCGGCAAAGGUGCAUCUGAACAGCUGGAUACUGAGAAGGCAGUGAUGUCUCUGUUCUCAGGCUUUGAACCUACUUAUUCUUGGAAGUCUGCCUAUUUUUACUUUCUUAUCUGCAACAAACACUUUUUGGAACAAAUUCUGAUCACAGCAUUAGCAUUACUGAAAAGGGAAGAUUUCUCCAGCCUUGGUAACUUACUGAAAAGGGAAUUCAGCCACCUCUGUCGCCUCCUGAUAUUACUAGGAUGGACUCAGUGUCGUAGUCUGGAAUCAGCCAAGAAGCUGCUGUGCACUCUACAUAAAUCUCAGGGCCUCUGCAAUGACACUGUCUUAAAGGACUUCUGCGAUGGGCUGUGUUUCCAACUAGAGGUUCUUGAAUGGUGUAUACAACAAAAUAGUAACCCUCUCCCAGAGAAGAUACUUUUGCAGCAUUUGCACAAUUUGGAUUGCCACUCUUCACUUUAUCACCUUCAUCACCUGACCAGCCUCGUGGCCCUGGAUGAAGAAGCUGUCAUUGAACUUCUGCAGAGAACUGCAACCAGGGACACAGAAGCUCAAGAUUCAACUGUGAGGCCAGCUUCCAGCCUCUUGAGUCAGCAGCGCAACCUCAUUCUUUUCCGGGCAUUUUGUGCCAUGAAAUAUGCCAUCUAUGCACUCUGUGUCAGUGCACACAGACAUGCAAACUGCAAGGAGUGCUUGACCCACUUUGCCAGUGACCUCCCUGAUGAGAAUGAUCCUGCAGACCAGCCUCUAUUCCCAGAUUAUGCAAGCCUCUUUGCUCAUUAUCUUGACAAGUGCCAGCAGUUUUUAAGGACAGUCCUCGUUCCUCUGCGUCUGGAGCUUCUGGAGAACAUCUUCUCCUUGCUGUUUGUCUCAUACAAUGAUCUCUGCAGUACUUCCUCCCGAGAGAACAAGAACGCAGAAGAAACUGACUGUGAGAAGAGACCAGAAUGUUGCACUAGCCAAGGUUCUUCUGCCUCCACAAGUCCACAGCAUUCUGCAGGGCUUGAAAGAAGUCCUGAAUUGCAUCUCUCUGUAUCUCGAGAGCACACCAGGAUCCAAACGCUGUUGGACUUUGAAUCAAAUGGCCAGAAUUGCAGUUUCUUCACAUUAAGCGGCUUGGAUUUGAAACACUUCACCAGUGGGAUUAAGGGUUUUUUAGCUGAUGAUGUUGUAAUAGAGAGUCUUCUCAAAAUGCUGCUGGAUCAUCUGAAAGAAAUUGAGGAUUCUUUUCCAGGGGACACAAGCCACACUCCUCAGGAGGAGCAGGCAUUGCUGGAUUACUUGAAUUUAUCUGUGAACCGAGGUGGCUUUGGCUCCCGUGUGCAUCUGUUCUCAAAGUACCUCUCUGAAGCUCAAUGGCGGUACAAAAUAGUGAUGAGUAAUAGAAAUUCAGGUGAUCAACUUGUACACGCUAGAAUGCAGGGUCAUGUAACAAGAGAAUCCAGCACGAAGAGACACACUCGGCCUCAAAGGCAAAAACCAGAUAGCAAGGAAAGAGCUUCAGGCGCCUCACUGGAAAGCACAAGCAGUGAAUUAAGCAGCACUAAUGCGUCAGAAGGAAGUGCUAGUGUGCUAUCUGACUGGAGCGAGGUAGAAUACAGGAUGAAGCCACUGCAGAACUCACUCAUCCCAAUGAUGCUUUCUCCGCCAGAAUCACUUCUCGUUUCCUGUAUCCUGAGGGGAAAUGUUGUAGAAGCCCAUCAGGUAGCUGCUAUGUUUAACUUGGAGUCUUCUGUGUCCUAUGGGGAGCUGCUUUUCCUGGAACAUUACCAAGGAGUGAUCCAGGAACUCACAAAAGUGGAACACAAGAUCGAUGCUCAAUCAUUGGAGGGUUCUGGAAACCUGAAACAGUCUGUUGGUGGCCGUUCAACAUUACAGGCUAUUGGGAAUGCAGCAGCAGCAGGUAUGGUGUUUUACUCCAUUUCAGAUGUUACUGAUAAGCUGCUUACACCUUCGGGAGGCCUUGUUCCUAUGCUCCAAGAAGGCUUCUGGUCAAAUAGUAUCCAGCUGGAGCAUACAGACCCCCUGAGAGAUGUCCUGGAAGGCCUCUGCUCUUCUGCCAUGGCCAUAUUUGACUUGGCAGCUACCCAGUGUCACCUGUGGAAGACCUGCAAGCAGCUCUUAGAAAUGGCAGAGAGGAAGUUGCAUAACAGCCUUGAAAUGAAGGGACGAAGACUUGAUUCUGUUCUUAUGUGCCCUGACGGCUUGAAAGGGUUCCCAGCAUUUCUUCAACAACUAAGUAUAAUUAUCAAUACGUCUCAAGGGCAUCCUCAGUCAGAAAUCUCCUGUGGGCAAAUAAGUAGUCACUUCCACUGCAGUGCUGUUGAUCUAUUGCAGACUUGUUAUCCAAACCUGACAGAGGACUGUAUUACUAAUCAGGUUGUAUUAUCACAGCGCUUUGAUCAAAUCCUGGAGAGACUAGCAAAUGCAGAGAAUUCUUCAGAUUCCAAAAGUAACUUGCUUGCCUCAUUGGUAGAACAAGCUUCUUUGAAACCUGCAGAAUUAGAAUCACAUCCAGUUUAUAAUCAAAUCAAACUGUUGCUGAGAACACUGGACCUUCAUACUCAGAGUACACAGGGGGAAAGCAAAAUGCAGCCUGUCUACGUGCAGAACUUCUUUGCUUAUAUUAACAAGUUGGCUGCUGUUGUCCUCCAGAGCCUCAAUCCAGAACUAGAUCGGUCUGCUGAAGUUCAAGUAGGAAACCCCUUCCUGUUGCUCCAGCAGAGCCCUUCUCAGUUGCUGUCCCAGCUCUUGUUUGAGAGGCAGGUUUCUCCCAACAAGUUGUCUCUGCUGCUGGUCAAAGAACAACUGAAUUUAAAUGUGCAGCAAGUGAUAAUACACUAUUGCUGUGAGGCGCUGCCUCUGUGCAACACCCGGCAAAGCAGCCAGAUUAGGUCGCUCCUAACCAAUAUAAGCAGCUUAGCCCACCUCCAUGCAUAUCACUGUUUGCCUGAUGUUGAGAUACCCAUCCACAAUCCAGCCAUGGACUCUGAGGACACUUCCAGCCAUUCCUCCUCCUCACUGGCUGAACAGAAGCAGCACAUGCUCACUACUUCUUCCCUCUCUUUCCUGAAGUCUCAGUCAACGUUAACAGCCACCGUGGCUUGUCUCAGUGCAUCAGAUGUUCAGAGAGCCCCCAAAACGAGCCUGUCAUGGAUAGAGUUCCGAGGCAGACGCGAACUUCCCUUGUCCAUGGAGCAAAUUUCCAAGGAAUGUGAAGUGUUGUUAAAGGAAUUCCCGUUCUUGGAGAGCUUUCUUCUUACUAUGAGCCAACCCUUGCAAGACCCUCUGGAUGAGGGAAACAGUUUGGCUAGUAAACUCUGUGGCAAGCCCUACAUCUCCUUGCUCUUCAUGGGAUGGCAUUCAGUCAGAGCUGUUGAGGUGCUAAUGGAAAUCUUUGAGCAAGCACUAACAGCAGGCGAUUGGCUUAGAGCCCUGAAAAUCUUGGAUCUCUACAGCCAGGGUAUGGAAGAACUGGUCACUGUGAGGGACGCUGUGCUGAGCUGUGCUGCUGCUGAUGGUCCAGAAGGUUGGCAGCAUCUUUUCCGAGUGAGGGACGCCAUGCUGAGGAGUCGGCUGGCCUUGCGCUGUCUGGAUAAGUGGCCCCUGAAGGCUUGUCUGGACAUUUUAGCUUAUUGCACCUGUGACCCUGAGGUGUCUGAAGCACUCAGAUUUGAUCUACAGAGCAAGACGAAAGAACUUCAGGUUUACCAAAAGAUUCUAAGUCUACAAGACAUCCCUGUGUGGCUUGACUGGCAGGAUCUCAAAAUAGCCUGCGUUGAUAAUCCUCAGGCUGUUCUGAGGGUGAUUCUGGAGGCAAAGGAGUAUGAAUUAUGUGAAGAAUGGGGCAAUCUGUAUCCUAUUCCAAGAGAUCAGUUAAUCACUCUUCACCAGAAGCAUCUCCUUUACUUGCUGGAGAUGGGAGAUAUGGAGAAGGCUUUGCUGCUCUUACAAAGGAUAGAAGACCCAGACAUUCAACUUGUCAUAAGUGAACAAUGUCUUGAUAAACAUCCCAGCUUGGCAGCUUCUCACUUCCUUGCGGAUUACCUCACAACAUAUUUCUACAGGCACUUAACAGUUAUGCGCCAUAAUGAAAUUCAGGCACUUUAUAUGGGAUCCAAGGUGUUGCUGACUCUUCCCGAGGCUUACCGUGCUAACUAUUCUCACCUCUCCUGCAACCCACUGCUCAUGCUGGAACAGCUUCUGAUGAACAUGAAAGUGGAUUGGGCUGCCGUGGCCAUACAGACACUGCACCAGCUGUUGGCUGGGCAGGAGAUAGGUUUCACUGUGGAAGAUGUUGAUGCUUUGCUUUCCAAAUAUGCAGGGAAAGCCCUCGACUUCCCCUUUUCAUUAAAAGAGAAGAGAUCAGAUUCCAUUAUUCAGAUUCAAGAGAGUCUUUGUCAGGUAUCUGAAUCUGGCACAUUGUCUAAAUCAGGAUCAACGGAGUUAUAUUCUCCUGGUUUUCCUGAUGCAACACGUUCAUCAAGCCCAGGAGAAAGAAGUCUGCCUCAGAGUGUUUCUGUUCAGGAAUUUGUGCCACCUGAGAGGCCCCCACUGAAACACCAGUGGAUCCCAGAUGAAACCGAAGGAACAUGCAUGGUCUGCAAAACUGAACGUUUUACUAUGUUCAAUAGACGGCAUCACUGCAGACGUUGCGGAAGACUUGUGUGCAGCUCGUGUUCUACCAAGAAAAUGGUGGUAGGAGCUUGUAGGGAAAACCUGGCUCGUGUCUGUGACCAGUGCUACAAUUACUACUACAACAAGGAAUGUUCAACGGUUUUACUCCAAGAUACAGUAAGUGCAAACAAUGAGGACAAGGAUCAAGAAGAAGAGACAUCUGAACAUUCAGAUUACUCUGUAGUGAUGCAAGUACCAAAGACAGCAGAGCCCGAAUGGCUUCUUUCUUUGAGAGAAGAAGAGAAUGAAACUGUGCGCAGUGAGUUUUAUUAUGAACAGGCUCCCAGCGCUUCCUUGUGCAUUGCCAUCUCCAAUCUGCACUCAGAUAGCGUAGCUUGUGGUCACCAGUUGAUCGAGCACUGUUGUAAGCUGUCUCAGGGCCUGACAAACCCCGAAAUGGAUGCUGGGCUCCUCACAGAUAUCAUGAAGCAGCUUCUUUUCAGUGCCAAAAUGAUGUUUGUAAAAGCUGGAAGAAGCCAAGAUUUAGCUCUUUGCGACAGUUACAUCAGCAAAGUAGAUGUGUUGACUAUUUUGGUGACUGCUGCAUAUCGUCAUGUACCAUCUCUGGAUCAGAUACUGCAGCCUGCAGCAGUUACAAGGCUACGAAAUCAACUUUUGGAAGCAGAAUACUAUCAACUUGCUGUAGAGGUUUCUACAAAGACUGGCCUGGAUCCUGCUGGUGCAUGGCAUGCAUGGGGAAUGGCUUGUCUUAAAGCAGGCAAUCUAACUGCUGCCAGAGAGAAAUUCAGCCGAUGCAUCAAGCCCCCACGAGAUUUGAAUCAGCUGAACCUGGGCACAAGACUGGUUCAAGAUAUUAUCCAGUACCUGGAGACCACUGUGAAGCCUAUUCUUUCUGUGCAGGAUGAUGACUACUUUGCCACAUUGAGGGAACUGGAAACUGUACUGAGAACACGAAGCCUGUGUCUGGAGAUGAUACCCGAGGGGAAGAUCCAGCAUAACAGCUACUACCAAGAGUGCCUCUUUUAUUUACACAAUUAUGGCACCAAUCUAGCCAUCAUUAGCUUUUAUAUGAGGCAUGGCUGCAUGCGGGAAGCACUGCUGCACUUGCUAAACAAGGAAAGCCCACCGGAAGUGUUUAUUGAAGGGGUCUUUGUCCCAAGUUAUAAAAGUGGGAAGCUUCACCUGCUGGAGAACCUGCUGGAAACCAUUGAUCCCAGCCUGGGCAGCUGGGGUGUUUAUCUCAUUGCAGCUUGCAAGCACUUGCAGAAGAAGAAUUAUUUCCAUAUUCUGUAUGAACUGCAGCAGUUUAUGAAGGAUCAAGUCCGUGCUGCCAUGACGUGUAUUAGAUUUUUCACUCACAAGGCAAAGUCAUAUACUGAACUGGGAGGCAGACAGAGAUGGCUACUGAAAGUUAAGGAUCAUCUCAAAGUUUACCUACAGGAAGUUUCAAGGACCUCAGGAAGGAAAAAAGCCCAGUGCACAUUCCGUAAAAAAAUGUCUGCGACUGAUGUGUCAAGGCACCUCAGUACAGUUGAGCUUCAAAUGGAAGUAACAAAGUUCCUCCAUCAGUGUGAAAAACUGAGUUCUUUGCCUAGAGCUGACUUGGCUGUACCCACACUUUUUGGAAACAAUCAAAUGAAAAUGGAAGUUGCUUGCAAGGUCAUGUUGGAAGGCAAAAACAUUGAAGAAGGCUUCGGAAUUGCAUUCAGAGUCCUACAGGACUUCCAGCUGGAGGCUGCUGCUGUGUACAAUAAAGUGGCCCAGCAGCUGUUGAAGCAGCAGAAGUACAGUGAGAUCAGGCAGCUCCUUAAAUGCAUCAAAGAAUCGGGAGUUGCUGCUAAAAAUGAUGGCGACAAUGUCAUCCUGAACUGUCUGGGCGAGCUUGGUGCUAUCCCUUCUGAGGAGCUGGACGAUCUGAUCCAGGAUAUGGACAGUGAUGAAAACAAGAUCCAAGCAUAUCUGAGAUGCCACAAGCUGCGUUCUGCUUACCUGGUUGCUGUGAAGCUAGAGAACCCUAGAGCUGUGCAGUUGGUUCAGCAUGUACGGCAGUUGGCUGAAGACAGUGGGGAAGAUGUGGUGCAGGCAAUUUGCACUCAGUGGCUUUCAGUGCACCAAGCUAAACCAAAAAGCUGGCUUGCUCAGAACACCAGGAAGUGAUUACCAGCUGCAUGGAGAUUGGUUAUUCCUGAAAGGAAAGUUUGGCAUCAUGCCAAGUGAAUGAAAUGUUGGCUGACAGCAAGGCAGAGAGGCGCUGCUCAGAUGUUACAAGUGAAAGGGACGAGACUGAUUUCCUUAAAGUGCCAUUUUGUCUUAGUGACGACCAACCACUGCUACCUCAGGGUGUUCUUGCUGUGUUAAGUAUGAAAAGGCAAGACUGAAUUAUUAACAGUGAGAUCCUUUUAUUACUACAAAGGCAUUUGUUUACCCAGGCCAUUAAUUUUAUUAACCUAAAAACCUAUACUGGAUCAGCUUUAAUUUGGAGCCUAAUUUUCUGCAGUUGUUUAAAGACAAAGUUGUCACAGGAAACCCCCGACCAAAACAUCUCUCCCUUAUUACCUUUUAUGUUUAGAAAUGGAUUUUACUGUUAUCGAUUCCUCCUAAAUAUGAAUACAGUAUGUGUGGUUUCUGAAAUACGUGUUGAGAGGCAAAGGGGAGCUAUUACAUCACAGGACUUUUCUCUCUGCUGUGCUGCUGUUGGCAAAAACUUACAAGAUCUUAUUUGGCAUUGUGUUGGGAAAGAUGAGAAAUGUGCUGAGAUGUUUUUCUUGGAACAUGUUCCUGGGGCUAGUUGACAAGGUAGCCUGACCUCAGGAAGUUUUCAGCUUCUUUUUGUCUUCAUGUGUUCCUUUUAGUUUUCUUGGGUGAUCUGUAUCUUGCAUGCAUCAGCUGUCUAUCUCAUUUUCCAGAGGCUGAUUGAUUUGAUUUUCAGAACCUAAUGAUAGACCUGGUAAAGGAAUUCCUAGGAAGGAGCUUAGUCCUUUGACUGGAUUUUUUGCUUGUGACAUAGUGCCUUUGUAACCCAUUAGACGACUGAAAGGAAUUAUAUUUGAUUUUGGCUGUAAUCAGCUUUCAUCUGGCAUCUUUUCUGUAGUGUUUUUGGGGAAAUAUCCUCAAGACUUGAAUAGAAGAGUUUUGAAAGGGUAGACUGCCUCUCAUUCUUGCCUGUUCAAGAAAAUCUUGUGCAAUAGUGAACUUUAGUACUGAUGUCUCUUAGUCGGGUAUUGUUUUGGGCAGAGGGGCCAAUUCUGCGUGCUUUAUCAUAGGAGCAACACCAUCCUCCCAUUUGUAUUAACUGAGAGAAGCAUCUAGUUAAGGAGGAUUGGAUUUGAAUUCUUCAACUUUUUAUGGAAACCUACAAAGUGUAGGUUAUACCUUCUAGAUCUGUUUGGUAGAUCUUGUAAUUUAUGCUUCAAAUCAAUUUCAUAACGUUUGGCGAAUUGUUAUUUCUACUUGCCAUGUAGGAGCUAACCACGUGGCUGUUUCUGCAGUGGUUGCUCUCUGUGUCUUUGAGAGAAAAGUUUACUUCAUGUGUUGCCAGAGGUUCUGCUAGUGUUUUCAGAUAAGGAACUGACAUUGGCUGGCUUGUGCAGCUGCCAGUGCAGAACCUGUGAUUCGUGAGGUGUUUCCCAUUUUCCCCUUGUUUACUCACUUGCCGUGGCUGCCAAUAGACAAGCGCAUAAGUCAUAACAGACCUGUGAUCAUGUGCAGCAGCCUGGUUUGACUUACACACAGGGUAAGCUCUUCUGCCUCUGCUAGUAUAUCCUUCUGGUCUUUGUACUGCUCUUAUAACUGCAGCAUUAUGACACUGAAAAAGCCACAUGGGGGGGAGGGGAGGUUGUAAAUUUUGUCUCUACCAUUGUGGAAAAUAUAUUUAACAAAAUUUGUGCUGAGUGAACCACCCACAAGUUUCAACUGUAGCAUUCAAGGGUUAAAGUAGACUUAGUAAUUCACUUAGAUGAAAUGAAAACAGGACGAGGGGGGAAUGUAGAUUAUGCUGAGCAGUUAUGGGAAUGAACUAGUAACGUAGCCUGAGAUUAGCUUUGGAAAUGGCUGUUGCUCAUUCCCAAGUAGCAAAGUGAUCCUUCAAGCAACUGUUAAUCCUAGAGGUUGCUGCAAGCAGAAACUGUCAGUGAAAGCCAUACUAUCCUGUUGUGUCCAUGUAAUAGCGGGUGUAGUGUGGCACUCCUAUUGCCAUCUGAGAUAGGAAGCAGAGAAAAUAAAAAUAGUGAAUAGAGUGUGGAAGAGAGGCUUGCUGUCAAAUUUGCAAUCUGUUUUGGCCUGCUGCCCUUCUCAUUUGUUCCUAAAUUUGCCUCAACAAUGGUAUAGUCAAGAGUGUAAUGGGGCUGGUUUGGAAUUGACUUCAUUUUAAAUUUAAGUAACUGAAAGUGUCUGGCAGCUACCCUUCAGAUUUGAUUAAAAUGUUCUUUCUGAUCAACUGGUAAAAAGAAGCCUAACUAGUUAUCCGGUCUGUCCUGCAAAAUUCUGGUUUGCAGGUGAAGCUAGUGCUAUUAACAGGAGGACAAACUAACUGCCAAACACUAAUGCACAAUCUGUCCAUUGUGUUCACUGCAGUUGAGGCAGUUCAGAACUUUUAAUUCUGUGUGUGCGUUUUGUCCUCAAUCACUUAGCUCAUAAGUGCUGUCACAGACACAAACCUUGGAGAUGCCUAGCUCAUUACAUGUGCGGCUCAGAAAUAGCUAACCUUAAGUAGCUAAAGAUGUCUGCUUUUAGCUUCCGUGUUCUCCCCGCACCUAGAAUCCGAAGCUUAUCUCAUUACAGCUCACAAAAGCUGCUUUCGUUGUCUGUCAGACUUAGACAGGCUAGUCUGAGCACUAGAAGGGAAAGCACCACUUCCAUAGAUGAAAUCCCAUAUGCUUAUUACCCACUUGUGUUCCAUUCUUUUUGAGCUUCCCUCAAACACACACACGCCUUUCGCAGAGGGAGACAAUAGAAACCUUCUCAUAGAAGAGCCUGCCUUGUGUGUGGCAUUUCCUUUUGCACUAUACUUUAUGCACUUUACAUCCUAAGUAUUUUUGUCACCAGCAGAACCUGCGCCUGGGAGUUGACUUGUAUUUUCAAAUACAGUCAUGAGUUUGGAAACCUCUGAAUGAACAAAUUAGUUAUACUUCUAAGAAGAGAUCAUGAAUUUCUGUGUAAAGUAAGCAAAAAUAAAAAUAAAACCAACUUGGUGUCCUUUUCA